GAAAAAUAUCAGGGAUCGGAGAAAACUGGCCUAUCCCCUCCAGCUCCAGUGUGCCGCCUCCUGCUCUGCCUCUGCUUAUCCCGUUCGCUCCGCCGGGCUCAAGCUCCUGCUCGACUCACGCGGAGGAUUUUCGAAGCGGCAGCCAGCAUGGGAGGCGCCGCCAUCUCGAGCCACGGCCUCGCCUGCGCUCCCCCGGCCGCCGUCCCGCUGAAACCACGGGCGCGGCGCGCUUCCGCCGCCGGCCACCGGAGCAGCCCCCAGCUGCUCCUGAGGAGCGACCUCCCGGCGCCUGCUGCCCUUUGCCGAGCUCGCUCGCAGUCUUCUUCCUCGUCUAAUGUGAACUUUGGGAGAGGGGACGACGCGGACAAGCUGCUCGAGGAUUUGCUCAAACAGCACGGCGAGGUGGUGUACAGCUCGGGAGGCUCACCGUCCCCGGCCGUCGAGGCCGACGACGACGCCGAGUGCUUGUCCUUUGCUGUCUCCCUGGCUAAAGUUGCAAGCGAGAUAAAGGCUGCUGACAUUCGUGUGCUUUGUGUGAAGCGGCUUGUUUACUGGACUAGGUUCUUCAUCAUUCUCACUGCCUUCUCAAAUGCUCAGAUUGAUGCUAUCAGUUCCAAGAUGAGAGAUAUUGGUGAGAAGCAGUUUAGCAAAGUUGCAUCUGGUGAUACGAAACCGAAUUCUUGGACCUUACUGGACUUUGGGGAUGUUGUUGUUCAUAUAUUUCUUCCUCAGCAGCGAGCAUUCUACAAUUUGGAAGAGUUCUAUGGUAAUGCUACACCCAUUGAACUCCCAUUUGACACCCAGUGGCAGUGAUCCGUGAACGUGCAAUUGGAGACACACAAUCAAGCAACUGACUGCUUACUCCACUGAGAAAUGAGUUCUUUUUUUUUCUGGAGACAGAAAACAGUGUUUUGCCGAGAGUCUUGACAUGGCCAUCUCAUCGAUCAGAUGUGGGGAGCUUCCCAGAGAUAGAGCGUUCACUUGUCACAAAACUCAACUCACAAAUGUUGCCUGCCCACUGCUCCUUUCAAGUGUAAUAAAAGUGUCACCUUGGUGCAAAGUGUCAUUUCUCUGAACUAUCAGUCGUGUUAGCAAGAAGAGGAAUAGGAUCUAGGAGACUGUCAGAUUAUGAAUUUAUAUGAUAGUGUGCUUGUCAACUAUUUAUAUGAACAUGGUGUUCGUUACGUCAA